GGCCAGCGACUUCGGCCCGUUGCUAGGAGGCAGGGACGCCGGCCCUCCCGGGACCCGCGUCGCGGCAGGCCCUAGCAGGCUAGUCGAGCUGAGCGACGGCGGGCUUGUCUUCCUCCGGUGGCCCGCGCCUGUUGGGCUGAAGACACGCGGCUGCCCGGGCCUCGAGGAGCGAUGGAGCCUGGGAAGCUCCAGGUGCGGUUUGUGGAGGAGUUUCUGGACUCAUCCAGAGGCGUGGCUGAGUGUCAACUUAAGGAAGUCACAGGACACCUGAAAAAAAAAUGCCGAAAGAGAAGAACCAAAGAUGAUACUUGGAAAGCAGAUGACCUCAGAAGACACCUUAAGGCUGCACAAUCAGGUAGUCCCAAGGAAGAGAAGAAACUCAGAGAAAAGAAGAUGCACAAGGACUCAGAGUUGGGCACUCCUGAAUACAGAGAGCACAAGAGCAGGGACCCAGACCGAGAGGCCCGGCACAAGGAGAAGACAGUGGAGAGAGACCUGUACAGCUCCACAGAACAUCCCCGUGGGGAACGAGACCGGGAGAGGCACAAGGAAAGGAGGAAAGAUGGGAAAGACCGUGAGAAAGACAAGCUGAAAGAGAGACAUCGAGACCAAGAAGCAGAGAAGUCUCAUAGUCGCGGCAAGGACAGAGAGAGAGAGAAAGACAGAAGGGUCAGGAAAGAAGAGCUCAGGCAGUCCAUGGCCUACCAUGACCUCCUGGGUCGAGAUGUGCGUGGCCGGCAGAUGCUGGAGAAAGUGGAAAAGAAAGUUCAUAUAGCAAGUAAAUUACGAAUGGAGGAAAGAGAAAGGAGAGACGAAGACUCUGAAAGAGUGGAUGAAGAUAGAGAAAGAAGAUACCGAGAACGGAAGCUGCAGUAUGGUGACAGUAAGGAGAAUCCCCUGAAUUACUGGCUGUAUAAGGAGGACGGUGAAAAGAAGCACAGGAAGGUGAAAGAUGCAGAUCGGGAGAGGAAGCACCGAGAGAAAAGCAGCACAAGGGAGAAAAAAGACAGACACUCAAAGGAGAAGGGGAGCUCUCUGUCUGACAGGGAAAUAGAAGACAGACACAGAGAGAAGCGGCACAAGGACGGACUGCAUUAUGAUGAGGAGAGGCGCCGAAGUCACGCGGAUAAAAAAGAGAGAUCUCUGAAAGAAGAGCACAGGAAAAGGGAGUCAAAGGAACCUGAAAAGGAAGACAAUGGUUUAGAGGCUACUGGGGCUGAUGAGUAUCUGCCCAACUUAGAAGAUGAUUUUGUGGAUUAUGAAGACGACUUUGAGGUUUGUGAUGGAGACGAUGACAGCAACAAUGAGCACGAAGCUAAAGAGAAAGCCGACGAGCUUCCUCUGGCCCAGAAAAGGGAAAUACAGGAGAUUCAAAAGGCGAUCAGUGCAGAGAACGAAAGGGUUGGCGAGUUAUCUUUGAAAAUGUUUCAGAAGCAAGGUCGGGCAGAGAACACGAAGGAGCCCUGGGCAGAUGCAAAUGAUUCCACUUCUAGAACCCCUGUUUGUGGAAUUUUUGUGGAUUUUGCAACAGCUUCACAUCGUCAGAAGAGUAGGAGUCAGGCCCUCAAGCAAAAGACACGAAGUACAAAACUGCUCCGGCUUAUUGACUUAGACUUUUCCUUCACCUUUUCUCUCUUGGACCUACCACCAGUAAAUGAAUAUGACAUGUACAUUAGGAACUUUGGGAAAAAAAAUACCAAGCAGGCAUAUGUUCAGUAUAAUGAAGAUAAUGUUGAGAGAGACAUUCAGACUGAAGAUAUAGAAACCAGGGAAGUAUGGACCCAACACCCAGGAGAAGGCACUGUCGUAUCUGGAGGUAGCGAAGAAAAGGACUUCUCUGAUGUCACAGUUGUACCGAAGAUUGACACUCCGAGGUUGUCUAACUUUCUCCGGGCAGCAUGCCAGGUGGUUGCUGUUUUGCUUGAAGAGGACCGUUUGGCAGCUGGACCCAGCUGGAUUCCCAGGGCUCAAGACAAAGCUCUGAACAUCAGUGACAGCUCCUCUCAACUGAACACAAGCCUACCGUUUCUUCAGAGUCGGAAAGUAUCCUGUUUGCAUGCAUCUCGAGUUCAGAGGCAGACCGUGGUCUCUGUUCAUGACUUACCUGAAAAGGCUUUUGCUCCGUCUCUGGAUAGCAGGCACCUUCUCUGUGUGUGGGAUAUUUGGCAGCCUUCAGGGCCCCAGAAGGUUCUGAUAUGUGAGUCAAAGGUCACUUGCUGCUGCUUUAGCCCUUUAAAAGCAUUUCUGCUGUUUGCGGGAACAGUGCAUGGCUCUGUGGUUGUGUGGGACUUAAGAGAAGACUCCAGGAUACACCAUUACGUGAGACUGAGCAGCUGUUUCUGGGCUUUCAGGACCCCAACAUUCUCCACUGAUGGAAUCCUCACAUCGGUGAACCACCGAAGCCCUCUUCAAGCCAUAGAGCCGGUUGCCACAUCUGCCUACAAAAAACAGAGCUUUGUGCUUUCACCCUUUUCUACUCAAGAAGAAAUGGCAGGCUUGUCAUUUCACAUCGCUUCCCUGGAUGAGAGUGGGGUUCUCAAUGUAUGGGUGGUUGUUGAAUUACCAAAAGCAGAUAUCUCAGGUUCAAUGAGUGAUUUAGGUCUGAUACCUGGAGGGAGGAUCAAGUUGGUGCACAGUACUGUAAUCCAACUGGGCCACAGUCUUUCUCAUAAAGAUGGUGAACUGUGGGGGUCCACACAGACACUGAGUGUCAAAUUCCUGCCUUCGGAUCCUAAUCACUUCGUUGUUGGCACCGACAUGGGACUUAUAAGUCACAGUACCAGGCAAGAUUGGAGAGUCUCUCCCAAGGUGUUCAAACCUCAGCAACAUGGUGUCAGACCAAUAAAAGUUAACGUGAUUGAUUUUUCACCGUUCGAAGAAACAGUAUUCUUGGCUGGCUGUUCCGAUGGAAGCAUCAGGCUACACCAGCUGACGUCUGAGAGGCCCAUCAUGCAGUGGGACAACAGCACCAGUGGCCGCUCUGUCACCAGUCUGCAGUGGUCCCCGACAAGGCCCGCUGUGUUCCUGGUCCAGGAUGAUGCGUCUAGGAUCUAUGUUUGGGAUCUUCUUGAGAAUGACCUGGGUCCUGUGGCCCAGCAGCCCAUCUCUCCAGAUAAGGUGUUGAUUCCCAAGGGCAGGGAGGAACGUCAGAUGGGCAAUAGUACCCUCCUGUGGAGUGGUAGAAGGCAUCUACAGCUAUACAUCCUGUGAACUGCCUUCAUGGAUCUACCAGUCAACAGAUCCCUGGUGUAGAAAAUUGUGUUUAACAGACUUUCAUACUGGAAAGAACCCAGAUGCCCUUCAACAGAGGAAUGGAUACAGAAAAUGUGGUACAUCUACACAAUGGAAUAUUACUCAGCUAUCAAAAACAACGAGUUUAUGAAAUUCGUAGGCAAAUGGUUGGAACUGGAAAAUAUCAUCCUGAGUGAGCUAACCCACUCACAGAAAGACAUACAUGGUAUGCACUCAUUGAUAAGUGGCUAUUAGCCCAAAGGCUUGAAUUACCCUAGAUCCCUAGAACAAAGGAAACUCAAGACGGAUGAUCAAAAUGUGAAUGCUUCACUCCUUCUUUAAAUGAGGAAAAAGAAUACCCUUGGCAGGGAAGGGAGAGGCAAAGAUUAAAACAGAGACUGAAGGAACACCCAUUCAGAGCCUGCCCCACAGGUGGCCCAUACAUAUACAGCCACCCAAUUAGACAAGAUGGAUGAAGCAAAGAAGUGCAGACCGACAGGAGCCGGAUGUAGAUUGCUCCUGAGAGACACAGCCAGAAUACAGCAAAUACAGAGGCGAAUGCCAGCAGCAAACCACUGAACUGAGAAUAGGUCCCCCGUUGAAGGAAUCAGAGAAAGAACUGGAAGAGCUUGAAGGUGCUCGAGACCCCAAAAGUACAACAAUGUCAAGCAACCAGAGCUUCCAGGGACUAAGCCACUACCUAAAGACUAUACAUGGACUGACCCUGGACUCUGUCCCCAUAGGUAGCAAUGAAUAUCCUAGUAAGAGCACCAGUGGAAGGGGAAGCCCUGGGUCCUGCUA